AUGAUUUCUCUGGAGAGAUUGUCUAAUCUGCUUGGUGUGCUUUAUGUCACAGCAUGGAGUAUCUCAGUAUAUCCUCCAUUGAUAUUGAAUUAUAAACUAAAAUCUUCAGAUGGAUUAUCUGUUGAUUUCCUUUACUUGAAUAACAUUGGAUACAUUGCACUAGUGACUUCAAUGUCUCUUUUAUUAUACAAUGAACAAGUUCGUCAACUAUAUUUCCAAUAUCAUAAUUAUUACCCAUUAUUAACAAAUAUUGAUUUAAUUUAUUCUUCACAUGGUUUAUUAAUGAAUAUUGUUACAAUUUCACAAUUAUAUUUUUGGGGGUUUGCUAAAAGAUCUACUCAUAUUAGGAAAACAACAAAGCUGAUAAUAACUGGUGUAAUGAUAACUAUGAUUAUAUUGUCAUAUCUUUGUGUGGGGACAGGUGUUGAUAAACCAUAUAUUAUUCCAUUUACAUUAUUAGAUUUAGCAAUUAUUUUAUCAUAUGUCAAGAUAUUCAUGAGUAUAAUUAAAUAUAUCCCACAAUUAAGUCAUAAUUAUAAAAGAAAAUCAGUGGUUGGAUUUAGUAUAUUGACAAUUUUUUUAGAUCUUACUGGUGGGAUCUUGUCAAUUUUACAAUUAUUUAUUGAUUCAUAUAUAAUGACUGGUUCAUUAAAAUUUGAUAUUUUGAUAAAUAAUAGUGGUAAAUUAGGAUUAUCAUUUGUUACAUUGUUUUUCGAUGGUUGUUUUAUUUAUCAAUGGUUGAUUUAUGAGAAAAAUGUUGAUAAAUCAUUAAAAUUACCACUUGAUAUUUAUACAAAAUCUGAAGAGGCACUUGCAUAAUGUGUACUAUUAUAAUACAUCAACAUCUUCAUCAUCUUCUGGUAUGUUUAAUCUAUUUGAACCAUUAGAUUUAAAUCUAUCGAAAAAAUUAAUUGUUUUGAAUUUAUCAAACACAUUAAUAUUCUUCAAUUUAUCUAGGAUAGAAUCAUCUUCUUGUUCAUAAUGUAUCACUGUUUGAUCUUGAUUGACUAAGUUUGAUCUUGAAUUUGAAGCUGAUGAAUCUGUAUAACCUCUUAAAUUAGUGGAACUAUUUCUUGCACUCAUUGAACCAACUUCUCUUUGAAUAAUUGAUUUAGCUUCUUUAAUGAUAUUUUCCUUUUUAUUUAAAUUUUCCAAAUCACCAUUAGAGCCUUCAUUUUCCUCUUCAUCAAAAUCAUCAAAAUAACCAAAAGUUAAUUUUUGUUUCAAUUUAUCGAAAAAAUUAAAAGCAGUUAAUAAUAUUGGAAUUAUAAUUAAUCUUGGUAAAUUAUUAUUGAAAAAUCCACCAAGCAUACUUAA